AUGGGCCUUUCAUCUGCAUUUCUGCUCUUGGCGCUCGCCGCCCUAACCCCCUUCCUCUAUGAGCGAAGUCAGGUGCUGGUCAUGUUUUACAACAAUGCUCCCGAACGCCUCGUCAAGAUCAACACGUUCAAAAGCCACAGCGUAAAAUUCGCCGAUCGCAUCAGGAGCUGCGAAGAUGUGCUGCUUCUAGAGGACGAGGGCAUCGCCGUUUUGGCCUGUGACCCUGGUCGAGAGAGGUGGAACACGGUCAUGGGCGUCUUUGCUCCUGGACCCGUCGCCGCCGCCGGGCUCUAUGUGUACGACUACAAGGUUGCGGCCGAUGAGGACGCGUUGCGGAGCAUCGAGCUCGUCAACUUCACCACCGCCGCCGACUUUCACACUCUCGGCAUGGCAUACGACAAGACCACGUCGACGCUCUACGUCUCGAACCACGCCAAAGCUGGUCCACGGAUUGAGACAUUCAAGCUGAGCAUCGGCGAGCUCACAGCGACCCAUACCCGGACGAUUCAGCAUACCCUCAUCAACGGCCCCAACGCCAUCGCGCUGAUCAACAGUGACGAGUUUUACGUCUCCAACGACCACUAUUUCACCGCAACCUGGUCCAAGGCGCUCUCCAAAGUAGAGACCUAUCUAGCACUGCCUUUAGGAACCGUCGUGCACGUAAAAACACACGGCGGCGAAACCCGGGCCAGCGUCGUUGCACGCCUACCAUUCGCCAACGGCAUCGAGAUUCUGAACAGCACCACCGUCGCCGUUGCUUCAACCAGUGGUUCAGUCGUCAACCUGUAUGAUGCCCGGAGGGACGGUUCGCUCACCUAUCGAUCCCGCAUUCGCGUUCCGUUUCUGCCCGACAACAUGUCCCUCUCCGGGGGAAAGCUUCUCAUCGCAGGCCAUCCACAUCCACCUGCUCUGACAAAAUUUACGGAGACGCGGCGCAUUUGUAACGAUCCAGACGCGCUAGAGGAGGCGUCCAGCGAGAUGAAAGAGUAUUGCGCAGUCGGAAACGCACCAUCUGCGGUCGCCGAAUGGAGCGAGUCGACCGGCCUGAGAAUGCUGUAUCUUGAUACGUUGUACCCAACCAGCGCCACGGCUGUGAGAGAUGUAAACAGGGGAGUCGGCAUUGUGUCUGGCCUAUACGCAAAGGGAGUAUUGGUCUGGAGAAAUUGA